ACGCCGGACCGGUGUUAUGGCGGCGGCAGGAGGGGGCGGUGACACCUCCCGCCCGCUGGGUGGCGCCCGAGCGCGGCGGCGGCAGCGCUCCGCCGGGAGGUGCGCGAACACCGGAAGCGGAAGUGUUUACCGUCCGGGAUGGCGGCGGCGGAGGUGUCGGCGCUCGGCGGUCUGGGAGCUCCCGAUGCGGACGGCGGGGGCUCCUCGGGCUCGGAGGACGAGGCGAGGCCUGAAGCGGCGGCGGCGGCAGCGGCGGCAGCGCAGAAGCGGGAGGAGCGGCUGCGCAGGUUCCGCGAGCUCCACAUGAAGCGGAAUGAGGCUCGCAAGCUGAAUCACCAGGAAGUGGUGGAAGAAGAUAAAAGACUGAAAUUGCCAGCGAACUGGGAAGCCAAGAAAGCUCGUCUGGAGUGGCAGCUGCAGGUGGAGGAAAAGAAGAAGGAAUGUGCGGCGAGAGGAGAAGACUACGAGCGGGUGAAACUGCUGGAGAUCAGCGCUGAGGAGGCUGAGAGGUGGGAAAGGAAAAAGAAGAAGAAAAACCCAGACCUAGGAUUUUCAGAUUAUGCGGCCGCUCAGCUGCGCCAGUACCAGCGGCUGACCCGGCAGAUCAAACCCGACCUGGAGCAGUACGAGCAGAUGAAGGAGCAAUACGGAGAAGCGCUUUAUCCCACCUCCAACAGUCUCAUCCACGGGAGUCACGUGCCGUCUAAGGAAGGGAUCGAUAGAAUGGUUGCAGAUCUCGAGAAACAGAUUGAAAAGCGUGAAAAAUACAGUCGCCGACGUCCUUACAAUGACGACGCGGACAUUGACUACAUCAACGAGCGCAACGCCAAGUUCAACAAGAAGGCGGAGAGGUUCUACGGGAAGUACACGGCCGAGAUCAAACAGAACCUGGAGAGAGGAACGGCUGUCUGAGCCCUUGGCUCCUUCAGAGCUCCUACCAGCCCUUUGGUAUAUUUUGCACGCGAUUUUAUCAAUAAACUAGUUUGUAGAACUCAGUAAUUUGUAAAAUCAAUGGUAUAUUUCAUAGAAGUAAUUUGCCUACCAGCUUCAGCUGUAUAUGGCUUUGACUAGCAGGAAUAACCAGCUUGGGCAAUAUCCUGUUCUAAAUAAACACAAACUCUUUGUGCUUGGUUUAGAAUAAAGCUUGUUUCCUGGUGGA